AUGGCAAGGACAUACGUGGCCGUGGUGGUUUCAGACUCAUCCAAAAUAAAGCGUAUCAAAACUCUCCUUGAACGUGAAAAAUUACUAAAUCGUAAUAGAAAGAUAAGAAAAACGGGCAGUUUGACAUAUGUCUUCUCUACGCUGACAGAAUACGCUGCUUUGGAAUCUAUUUUAGGUAGUGAGGAUGAAUUUGACCUUGUUUUCUAUUCAAGCGAUGAUCUGGCCAAUGAGUCUAGUUUAACUACGAUAACUAGAAGCUAUUUGGCUGAGAGGAAUGUAGCAGAAGAUCGAAUCAACCAAUUAUUGACAUAUGUGCCUAAAAAAUGGAGUAUAUAUCCACCUGUAGUCUUGCUCAAUCCUGGAACAUUUGAUUCAAGCUUAUGGGCGGAGCAAUUCAAUAUGGGAAUAGACAAACAGGACUUUUGUUGUACCAUACUUUCCCACUGUUUCCCAUCAGGAAUCACUCACAUUGCAAUUAAUAUGCCCAUAGCGGAAACGGAUGUGAUGAGAAGACCUAUGCAUAUAAUACCUUUUUCCGGUGACUUCGGACCUGAGCCUACUUUCGAAGAGCCUACGCAGCAAGACUUUAAUGAUGCGUUUUGGUGCAGUGUCAUACAGAAUGGCAUUUACCAGACAUGGGCCCCCAGGUACACAAUGUUUUCUAGGGGAAACAUUAAAGAGAAAAAGCGUAUACUAGACAAUUUCAAGUGCUUACAGGGCCAAUACGUUGUGGAUAUGUAUGCCGGCAUAGGCUACUUUACUCUCUCUUAUUUGGCAAAUGGCGCAACCGUUUUCUGCUGGGAGAUAAACCCCUGGUCAAUCGAAGGUCUAUCCAGAGGUUUGAAACACAAUGGAUACAAAUACUUAGUCGUAAAACCAGAGGACGUUUUCAAUGCAUCUAUUUUCUCUGAAUCGGUUCAACUGGGUAUAAAGGCUUUUCUCUUUCAAGAAAGUAAUGAGAACGCAUUAUUAAGACUUUCGCAGCUUAAUAUUCCAAUUAGUCAUAUAAACUUAGGUUUAUUACCAUCUUCAGAACAGUCUUGGGCUACAUCUCGCUCGAUCAGUCAAGUUAUCUCGACUCUGAAGUCGUUGAUUAUACAUAUUCAUGAAAAUGCUCACGUAGAUGAUUUUGAUUCAGUCAAAGAUCGAGCCAGGCGAAGCUUCCCCGGUUUUCAUCUUGAACAUAUAGAAAAGGUAAAGACCUACGCUCCCGAUGUUUGGCAUAUUGUACUCGAUAUAGCAAUAUAG